AUGGAUAAGUGGCUGUUAAGACAAAAAAAGUCUUCUUUGAAAGAAACAGUAUUGACUCAGCAUCAAGAAGAGGAUAUUCAUUUGUCCCAAGAGGCAUCUAGCAGUUCCUGUUUUCCUAGCAGUUCCAGCAUUGAUAUUGAUAGUACUGACACUACUGACAGUACUGACCCCAUCGACAGCAAUAGCACUGAUAGAGAUGAUGUUACUGAUGUUGAAGAGAAUCUUCAUCUGUCCCAUAGUGGAAAGAAGAUUGCUCAAAAUACAAUAGGAAAGAUACAAACAGAAAUAAGGGAUACUGAUGUCACAAAUAAAGAAAAUCUUCCAGUGAUGGAUGGCAAUGAGGAUAAGAAUGAUGUUUCAUUGGAAAACAGAAAGACCCAGAAUAGAAGUAAUAGAACAUAUAAAUUUCGACAAGAAUGGUGUGAACUUCCUGAGUUCAGAGGAUGGCUUGUUCGCUCUAGCAUUCCAAGCCAUCAAAAAAAUGUGGAAUUCGGCUAUUGUAAAAUAUGUAGCAAACAAAUUUACCCCAACAAAACAGAUAUAAGGAGGCAUAGUAAAUCAGAUAACCAUCUCUUCAAUAUAAAGGUGAUAACCCAGUGUAAGCCAAUUAUCAGCCUACUGAAACAAAAAUCUAACAGUGUUGAAAAUGCAGAAUUGAAAUUAGUAGGUUUACUUGCAACAAAUAAUUUGCCUUUCAUAUUGAUGGACACUCUUGUCCCUUUAUGUUCUGACAUAUUUUCUGAUUCAGAAAUAGCAAAAAACUUGGCUUGUAAAAGAACCAAAGCUACUGUGGUGUUGAAAGAAGGUCUGGGAAGAAAUUUUCAAGAACAACUUGAUGAAAAAGUCAGAGGUCAAACUAAUUUUUUUUCUCUGAUUAUGGAUGAAACCACAGAUGUGGGUACAAUCAAACAGUGUGCAUUUGCUAUCAUAUUCUUUGAUUCAGAUAAUGUGGUGAAAACAAAAUUUCUAGAUAUGGUGGCAACUGAGAAAGGUGAUGCUGCUAGUCUCUACAGCUGUUUGAGAUCAACAUUAGCCAUACAUAGAAUUCCUUUUGAGAAUAUGGAUUUCCAGCAAUCCAAUAAUUAUAAUUUCGGAUUUCCUAAACUUUCUGGAGUAGAAAAUCAAGAACAGGAAACUCCAAUUGUACAUAGGGGAAACAUUUUUGAUGAUCUUAUCAAAGCAUUCGAAGAUGAUUUUUUUCUCAGAGGAAAUUCAAAAUUAGAGUUGAUUCUUUUCACAGGCGAAAAAGAAUCAGCUGAAGAUUUCGGUGGGGUAUGGAGGGAUGUUCUUUCCGAAUUUUGGCAGACAUUUUACGAAAAAUGUACAAUUGAAACUAUCAUGGAAGUUCCUUCUAUUAGGCAUGAUUUUGGUGAAUUGCAGUGGAAAGCUAUUGCAAAAAUUUUUUUAAACCGAUUUAUAUUAGAGAAAUAUCUCCCCAUUGAAAUAGCUCCAGUUUUUCUCAAAACGUGUUUCAAUCUGAAUGUCAAUGAUGAAGAUCUGAUUGAUGAAUUCUUCAAUUAUAUUUGUGAAACAGAUCGACAUGUUUUUGAGCAAGCUCAAGAAAAUUUUUAUGAAGUUGAUUUAGAUGAAUUAGUUGAAAUUUUCUGUACGUUUGAAUCUAAAUGGAAUCCGAACAAGGACAAUUUCAAGCUUUUACGAAAUAUAGCACACAAAGAACCAAUUCAAAAACCAGCUUAUGUUGUGGAAUGCUUUCAGAAAGAAUAG